UUAGAGAAGUUAAAUUAUGCAACACAUCAAGAAAGAAACAAAAAUGUCUCGAGUAGGUUAUGCUCUUGAACCCAAGAAAGUCGAUACCCUCAUUCAACCCUCAUUCCUGCAUUACGCCAAACAACAUGCAAUCGAUCUCAUACAAAUCGACCUCACCAUACCCUUAUCCCAACAAGGUCCAUUCCACUGCAUCAUCCACAAACUCCAUACCCAAAACUGGAAGAACCAGUUACACGAAUUCUCAACCAAACACCCAAACACAGUCAUCAUCGACCCUCCGGAGUUGAUAGAUCGUCUUCACAAUCGCAUUACCAUGCUCGAAUCAGUUGCACAGUUAGAACUUUCUAUUGAAAAUGAAAACGCGACUGUUGAAAUUCCCAACCAAGUUGUCGUCAAGGAACCGAAAUUAUUCGAUUUCGGUUCGAUUGAGGAACAGGGUUUGAGGUUUCCUUUCAUAGCGAAACCGUUGGAGGCUAACGGGACUGUUGAUUCUCAUAAUCUGUUUUUGGUUUUCGACCGUGACGGUGUUAAUUCCUUGGAUAAUAAUCCAAUGGUGCUGCAGGAGUUUGUGAACCACGGUGGGGUCAUUUUCAAGAUUUAUGUUGCUGGGAAGCAUUUUAAUUGCGUAAAGCGUAAAUCUUUGAAUGAUAUUUCCGAAGAGAAGCUCAAAACGAUUAAAGGGUCGGUGCCGUUUUCUCAAAUAUCUAACUUGGGUGAGGGGGAUGGUGGUGGUAGUAGUGUUGUUGAUAAGGCUGAAAUGCCUCCUCAGAGUUUGAUUGCUGAGUUGGCAAGAGUGUUGAGGGAAAGAUUAGGACUUAAUCUUUUCAAUAUUGAUGUGAUUAGAGAUGGUAAAAAUCCAGGAAGGUAUCUUGUGAUUGAUAUCAAUUACUUUCCUGGGUAUGCAAAAUUGCCGUCUUAUGAGGAGUUUUUCACCAAUUUUUUGAUGGAUGUUGUGCAACAAACUGAGUCUGUUUGAGUGAGUUUUCAAGCCAGAGAGAGUGGAUGAUGUUAUUAAUCUUAUCUUUUGUUGUGUUUUUCUGAGUGGUUCUCUUGGUUCCAAAAUAAGUGUUGUGUUGAUGAUAGUAGAUGCAUUGUAUCUUUUCAGUUCUGAUGGCUCAAAAUGUUUCUUAUUGAAAAUAAAGAAUAUCCAGGAAUGGAAUAGCAUUGUUUUGUGCA